UUUUCACUUUUGAAUUGCACUACAAUGCCACAUGGAAAGAAUCUAUGGCUAAUUCUAUUUCUUUUUACCUUUGGAGGAGCAUUUCAGAAAGAUGUAGCAGCUGUGAUCCAGACCCAGCAGACUGUUUUAGCAGCAGAGGGUGAAGAUGCUCCUCUCAGCUGUCAGCUCCUGGAAACUAAAGAGGUCCAUCAGGUCACCUGGCAGAAGGUCUUUGGGAACACAAAGAUAAAUAUCUGCUCCUACAGCGAGUAUUAUGGCCAAACAGUAAAUCCUGGCUUUGAAAAAAAAGUUCAGUUUACAGAAGCUGGACUGAAGAAUUCCUCCAUAGUUAUCAGGAAGGUUACAGAGCAGGAUGAAGGAUGUUAUCUCUGUUUGUUCAACACCUUUCCUGAUGGAGCUCUGACAGGGACAACCUGCCUGAAGGUUUAUGAGCUGCAUGAACCCAUCCUUGAUGUCAGCAGAUCAAAUGUUUCUGCAGAGUCAGUUGUGUCCUGUUCAGCCACAGGUCGACCUGCUCCCACUGUAACACUGACUGUUCUACAGCAGAACCUCAGCUUCUCCCACUACAACAGCAGCAGUGUGACCCACAGCAACGGUACAGUCACCGUCACCACCACAGCUCUGCUGUCAGCUUCCAGCAGCACACAGGUUGGAUGUUCAGUGUCAGUGCUCUCUGCUGCUCCCAGAGAGAAGCUGAUCACCGUUCCUGGAUUUACAGAAACAUCUGAUGAUGGUUUGGUUGAAGACUCUGGACCUGAUCACAGUGUUAUUGGAUGGAUUGUUGGAGUGUUGGCCAUUGGAGUUUUAGUGGCUUUACUUGCCAUUUUCUGGUUUAGACGAAAGAAUCAGAGCAGGAAGCAUCAAAAAGAGAAAAACUCAAAGGAACAAAUCAGCGUUAUUCAGAAUGAGGAAAUCUUUGUGCCACAAAAGAACAUUGAGGAGCAGACAUCUGUCUUAAUCAACAGACAAACCAGCAAAUCACCAACAACAAAAUAUCCAAUAACACUUGAUGUAGAAAGCUCUCCACAUCCAAUACUGACAGGAAAAAAAUCUUCAUAACCAAACCUGUUUUAUAGGAUUUCCCCUCUGCAGAAUCCUCGUUGGUUUCAGCUGGAGGUCACAAACAGAUGAGGACCGGACUUUCUCUUUAAGGAGUAUUUAUUAGACCUAGAAUACUUCUACAUCUUCCUGGUCCUGAAGGAGUAAAACAGUCCCACAUAAUCACAUUACCACCACCAUGUUUUACUGCUUAUAUGAUAUUCUUUUUCUGAAAUGUGGGUUUAGUAUUGUACCAGGUGUAAUGGGACACACACCUUUCAUAUUCAGCUUUUGUCAUGUAAGCCAACAAAAUGUUUUCCUCAAAGUGUUAAGAAUCUGUAGCAGCCUAUUGGAAUUAACAGCCAGAUGCAGGGAUUUCCAAACAGGUGCGAUUUAAUCUUGACUUUUCCUGUCAAAGACACAGUGAAAACUGAAGCAUGAAAUACUGAAAUAAUGAAAGAAUAUGUAAUUGUUGGACAUGCUUAACCAUUGUUUAAAAUUAAAACAUUAAUGUUCACACAUACAACAAAAAAGGAUUUUUAUUGUCCUUAACUCGUCAGCUGUUUUGUUUUUUAAAUAAAAAAACGAAUGAUGUUCUACUGCUUCAAAAAUAAAUGAAUAACAUUAACUAUCACAAAUCACAAUUGUGCAUAUUAAUACCUCAUUCUGCUUUACAAAGGCUCUAUUUUAAGAGUUCCGGUUCGGGUUCCUUCAGGAUCUAACGCUGUUUGAACAUGCUUAGCAAGAACAGGAAGUGCAGUAAAUCACAAAACACAAGUAGAAGAAAUCUACCCUUCUUCAAAAUAAAGCAUAAGUUAACCACUAGGUGUAACUGCUGGGUCAAUGAACACGAAGGAGAAUUUUAUCAUUUAGUUAUUUACAGAAUCAUGGAGAUUUAUUCUGGAAAAUUUUGAGAUGAGCCUUAAUGUUUUUUGCUCUGCAUUGGUAUUAGUUUUGGACCUCUGCCAUUCUUGCUCAGUCUUUUUCCCACGGUAGAGGCUUGAACUCUGAACUUAACUGAGGUUAGUGAGGCUUGCAGUUCUUUAGAUGAUGAUGUGGGGUCUUUGGGUCCUAUUGGAUGCUCUGUUCUUUGGGUAUUUUGGUCAGUAAGCUCCUGCUAAAACGUUCACCACUGUUCACAAUGCUGUAUGCUGGAGACCCGAAGCUUUAAAAACGGCUUUGUAAUCCUUUUCCAGACUGACAGAUCACAAUUAUUUUAUUUCUUAUUUGUUUUCAAAUUUCUCAGGAUCUCGGCAUGAUGUACAGCUUCUAAAGUGCUCUUCUUUGUGUCAGACAUGUCCUUCUUAGUGGAUUUCUAGAUUGAGAGGAAUGUGGCUGUAAUUAGUCUUGGGUGUAGCUAGAGAAAGUGGGCCAAGGGGCAUUAGGUUAUGUUCACCUUUACAAUAAAAACAUUAAUUUCAUUUAA